AUGUUAUUAGAUGUACGUGAGAACCUUUGUAUAUUAUUCUAUGUGUGGACAUUUGCUUUAACAACUGAAUCUGUAUUGAUGAUGACGAUAGUGUCAAUCGAUAGAUGCGCUAACGUCAAAUUUCCAUUCAAAUAUCACCUCUGGAUGACGAAAAGGAAAGCAAUUCUAGUCAUAUGUGCAACUUGGGUACUGAGCCUCUCAAUUAAUGUGGUAUUGUUUUUUGAAAACAAUUGGUCAGAAACUACAAUCUGUUCGUCUUACUUGGUCCUUACUAAAGGCCAAAGGUUAGCAAUAAUAAUAGUGUUUUUCCUCGUAACCGUAACUACUUUAAAUUGCUAUGGUUACAUAAUGUGUGUUACAAUAAAGCAAAGAAGAAGUAUUCAAGUGAUAAAUUUGGGUGAAAGUUCACUGACUAUAAAUAAUUCACGAAAAUCUGUCAAACUUUAUUUUAUUGUAUUUUCUAUGUUUUUAAUUUGUUGGUUGCCAUCGGCACUUUGUUCGGUCCUUAGUUUGUUUAGAUCCGACGAAAUGCCAUUACCGCAGUGGUUUAUUCACAUAUCCGUUUGUGUUGGACUUUUAAAUACAAGUUUAAAUUUUCUAGUGUAUGGAUGGCAGAAUAAGGACUUUCGAAAGGCAUACAAAAAGAUAAUUUGCAAGUAAAGAAAACUAGGAGACAAUUAUGUGGUGGCUAAACUUGAUUUUAUG